AUGGAGACAGACACACAGAUCAACAGAGACAUCUUCAACAGGACCAAAGCUCCAGAAAUGUCCAGCUGCGUGCGGUCCGGUGACUGCGCUUCCGGUCUGUGCUGCGUCCGGUACCUGACGGGGAGGCGGUGCCAGAGGAUCCCGGUGGAGGGCGAGGCCUGCCUGCUGAGGGGAUCCGGCAAACUGCGGCGGAAGCUCGGCCGCUGCGACUGCGCCGCGGGGCUGUCCUGCGCCGCCGCCGGGGGGGCGGGGCCAGGGAAAGCCAAGGGCCAGGGGGUGUGUCAGCCCCGCGUGGGGCGGGGCCAGAGGAACACAAGGCAUUCUGGGAAGAAAAGGCGGACUGCGGAGAGGAGCUGCUGACGCGCUCUUUAUGAACUCAUUUUAAUUUAAAUACAUAUUAAUUGGUGAGAGAUGAACUUGUAUCUCCACGUGGAGUCUCAGAACAACAAAGAAGUUAAAAUAUGUUCAACAUUAUUA